AACUGACUGGAGUAAUUUGUCUAAUCAAUAUAGAGGCAACAGUAAGUACAGACCAAGUCCAGCUAAGUGUAAUUUAUAGUAACUACAGAGCAAGCGCAGGACUUGUGUAAGCUAACUGCGAUUGACAGAAUCUAACAAUUGGCGCGUUAUUUAAUUUAACGUAGUCUAAACCGCGCAUUUAAUGGAAUCUGUGGACCGGUAAAUAAUAUCACAUGGGUAAAAGUGUGAAAGAAAAACUUAGGCGGUCUGUUGAGAAGGGCAUGUGUUACACAGGCGGUACAGUGAGCGCAAAACCAGGAGUUUGGCAUAGAGCGCGUAUAUUUUGAAUUGGAAGACGAAAUAGCAUAUAGAUUAAAAUAUUCUGUUUUUAGGAAUGCGCAAAUUGGCGGUUGGAAGAGAGAGUUUUUACCAAAUAUCCACUGCUAUAGUCAUGGCCUACUAGAGGAUACGUUUUAGUUUAGUAGGCCAUUGGAUCGCAGCAGUCACAAGUAAUCUAAAAGCUCUCUCAGCAGUCAUAACAAAAACAGCAGUCACAAGCAAUCUUAAAUCUCUCUCAGCAGUCAUAACAAAAACAGCAGUCACAAGUAAUUCACAGCCAGCAGCUUUAGUCUGAACGGUAAAAUCAAUAGGCUAAUAGCACGGAGUGGCUUGGUAGUAUUUGCACGCAAAGCGGUUGCUGGCAGCUAAGGGAAGAAGUCGUUUAUUGUUCAAGCGACGAUGCCGGAAAGCAAUGACAUUGACGGUGGUUGGGGGUGGUGUGUGGUUACUUCUGCUGUUAUCUUCUGCGCCAUCAGGACCGGAGUUGACCGAUGUCUUUCGGUGCUGUACAGUGGGAUCAUGAAUGAAUACAACUGUGACUACUCUACAGUAUCUCAGAUUCCAGGGUUGUUUUAUGUUGGUUACGCAGUUUCUGGGUUGAUCGCAUCGCCGCUUAUUAAAAGAUUUGGAUAUCGAUUGUGUAUGAUCGUUGCUGGUUUGGUCGGUUCGAUUUCUUGCUUUGUGGCUUCUUUACCUGGCCCAUUUAUGAAAAUCGCCAUUUUCUACGGAAUUUUCUUAGGCUUCUGCAUUGGAUUACAAAUCGUUUGUGUUCUAACUGCAAUUACCGAUUACUUUAAAGAAAAACUCAACUUUGCUUCUCAGCUGAUGUACGUUGGCUACAGUGUUGGUCCAUUUAUCGCAUGUCCGCUAUUUCAAGUCAUGGUGGAUUUCUACACGUGGAAAGGAACACUCAUGAUUUUAUCCGGUAUCAUUUUGAACAGCGUGGUAACAGGAACAAUAAUGCGGCCAAUCAUUCAGAAACCGGAAUCGCAAUUAGUAAAAAUGGAACAAUCUUUAGAAGAGUCGGCAGUACAAAAAGUAGAAUACUCCGAAAACGUUACUCGUUUAUCUAAAACAAGCGCAGACGAAGAUAGCUUGUCUUGGCAACAUAAACUUGCGCAGCAGUUUGAUCUACACCUGUUCUGUACACUGCGAUUUCACAUCCUUAUUCUGCAACACACGAUGAACUACAUAGCAAUGAGUGCUGCGUUCAUGUUCUUGAUACCAUACGGGAUUGAACUUGGGACUAUCAGCAAAACUGAAGCUUCUUUUCUGACUUCAGCUGAAGCAAUCGGAGAAAUCAUAGCGAAGCUUGGAUUCAUGUUUUUCUUCACCAAAAUUCCUGUUCAUCGCCAGAAACUAUUCAUUUGUUUUCUCUACACCAUAAAUAUUGUGCUUUUUGCUAUUCUUCCGAGCGUACAAGGGUACCCUGGUCUAUUAGCCAAUGCUUUUGGAAUCGGGGUUGCAGCUGGGGGAAUAGAUGGCGUAUAUUCCGUUUUCUGCAUCGAGCUGUUUGCACAAAAGUAUUUUUCUUCGAUACUGGGUUACACGAACACAUUUUCAUUUUGUCUAUGCACAGCUACUGCAUUGUUCGUGGGAUACCUUAUCGACGUAACGGGGAAACUAUCCAGCGCUUUCUACUUUGGAUCGCUUUCUUACGGCGCUGCUUUUCUUCUGAUGCUGCUGCUACAUCGGAUUACUCGAUAAUAUUCAGCGUUAAAAUAGAAGAAGUUUAGUAGGAUGAGGCAAAGUGGCACAUCGGGGCAAGAUGAAUCACUCUUUGAUUCAUUUUUUAAUGGUUAAUAAAAGCUUAUUAGUAAAGGGAUACUCACUGAAUUGCAUUAAAACCCUGGAUAUUAUAAUAGUUUGAAUCAACGUUUGAACUACACUCGUACUUUGUUAAAAUAGGUUGAAAUACUCCGUACUGAUUUUCGUUUUGAUUUUUAAAGCGUUUAAUAUAAUUAGUGUAAUUUAUGUGCAUUCGUGUUAAAUUUAAUUUAUUAAUAAAAAAUGAGUGAUUCGUUUUA